AUGCAAGUUGUGGAUGGGUCCAGUGUAGAUUUUAGAGGGUUUGGAGCGGAUAUUGCGGAUGAGGUUUGGGCGAGUUUGGCGGGGAUUGUGGAAACGAAUCCGGGGUUGACGACGGUGGAGAUUGCAGAGAUUGAUCGGACGCCGACGGCUGUGUUCUGGAAGGCGGUGGCGGAUCACCCUGGGAUUAGGACGUUGCGAUUUGAUCAGGUGCGGGUGGAUGAUGGACAUUUAAAGGACUUUUGGAAGGCGUGUAGUGGUGCCAAUGUGUUGACGCUUCAGCGGUGCAGGAUCGGAAAUGGUAGUAGUAACAAUUCGGCGGAUGUCUUGCCGACGAACUUCCGGCGAUUGCAAGAGUUGAAUAUUGAAAGCCUUUUGAAGCCCUUGCCGCAUACCCAGAUCGAGCUCCUUCGAUACUGUCCGCAGUUGUCGUCGUUCUAUUGGCGAGGUGGGGUUAUUCACGGACUCGCCAGGGAUCCUCUACUCAGCAUCUUAGGAUCUGGACGACUGCCUAACCUGGACUCAAUGGAUAUAAUGGGCAUGAAUUUGACGGAUCUGGACACGGAACACAUUGUCCAGUGCAUGUCGCGCGUCAGGAAACUAGCCGUCUACCAGACCAACUUUGGGCCCUCCAGUCUUCGAUCCCUCGAACCACACUUCAAGUCGAUCGAAGAACUCAACCUCUUGCAGUGCCCCCUUGUCACAAGCGCCAACAUCGCCUUGCUCCUCAGGUCCUGUCCCCUCUUACGAGUCUUCAAAGCCGAAGCCAUUGUCUCGGACGAUAUCAAGGACGGAGAAGUUUGGCCCUGUCAUGAACACCUCGACACGCUCGUACUCUAUUUCGACUUGACCCUCUCCGACCAUAUCGCUGACUGCCAACGAACCUUUUCCCUCCUCUCGAAGCUGAAAGCUCUCCGACGACUCAAUAUUUCGCGCUACAUGACCCCGCAGGGCCGACCCAUCGUCGGUGAUCCCAAAAACGGUCUCCAACUCCGACUGGACCAUGGACUUGGGCAACUGGAGACACUUCGACACCUCGCGACGUUGAACUUUGAUAAGCUCCCUCAGGACAUGACCUUGGCGGACGCACAUUGGAUGGAGGAACAUUGGAAGGCGCUCCGUGUUGUCCAGGGUAAUUUUAACGCUAAAAAUGUGGUCCUUAACAGGGAGAUCAGGAAAUUUUUUAAGGACACUUUUAGCGGACAUGUUCCCCUCCCUCCUUCCCACUGA